AUGGAUCCACCGUUUUCAGCUCGUUCGGCUAGAAGGAGGCGCACUCUGUUAGGCUCAAUCGAUCCAAACCAGUUUCAGAGUGGAAUACCGCAGUCGGCCAAACGGCGGCCUUCAAUGGGUCGUGCAGCUAACGAGAAUACUGGCAUACAUGGGGCUGUAAUUUCAAGACCAUCAAAAGCCAUGAGUCACGUAAGGUUAUCUUCAAUGCCCAACUCUGUGUUUAUGAAAGAUCCUCGUCCACUACGUGACAAACACUGGCAGCAAGAAACAAUUAGAUAUAUAAUGGAAUAUCUUGCUGCCUGGAACUAUCCUCAUGGAAUAUCAAUGAAAAAUUUGCAACAACCAACCACGAAAGAUUUUCAGAAUGUAUUUAAAUUUCUCUAUGGCAGGAUUGAUGGAAACGGAUGGAAUUCGAACAGGAAAUUCGAGGAGGAGGUGCCGGGGAUACUGAAAUCUUUAAGAUACCCAUUUGUAGGUGAGAUAAGUAAAUCGUCAUUAUAUGCGAUUGGGUCAAUGCACACGUGGCCUCAAUAUCUUGGCAUGUUGAGAUGGCUUGUUGAAUUGGCUAUUAUAGCGGAUACUGUUACGAAAAUUGAUGAUUAUGAUCAAGUGCCAUUAGAAGAUACCACUCCGGAGCAUAUUUUCUUUAAUUAUGUGGCGCAAGCGUAUAGUGAUUUCUUAGCUGGGGCAGAUGACUUUGGAGAAUUGCAAACUGAAUUGAACAGAGUCUUUGCAAAAAAGAAUACUAGUAUUUUAGAAAAAACCAAGGGCGUUAGGGAGGAAAUGGAACAAUUGGAAGCUGAGCUGGCGGCAUUACAGAGAAAAGAGCCACCUCUCGCGGGUCCAAAGAAAGAAAAUUUAACAUUGCAGGCAGACAAACAAAAAUUUAUUUCUUAUAUUGAGCAUCUUGAACAGAAGAAGAAAAAAAUGGCUGAGAGCAUAGAAAAAAAUGAGAGGGAAGUCAAAAAUUCAGAUGAAGAGCUUAAGAAAACGAGAGCUAGAAGAACUAAAAUACAAGAACUGGUAGACAGCCAACCAGUAUCACACAAUGAUCUGGAACGUAUGCAUCAAGAACGAGAAAUCCUACAAAGUGGUCUAGAUGAUAUUGCGUCAAAGAUCAAACAAACGUCUCAUGAUGUUAACGAAAACGAGAUAAUUCUAGAAAGAAAUAUAGAAACGACAACGACAUUGAUUCAAAAAUUCAAUACUAGGGCAAUUUGCAUUGGCAUAAUACCACGAAAUGCACAGUAUGCAAAGGGAGAAGAUUAUGAGAUAAGACUGAAUAAAAAUGUCGAGGAAUUAGAAGACAUGACAAAUAUAAAUAUAACAAAUAUUAUUAUGCCAAUGUUAUCUGAUCUUCGGAACGAACUCAACAAAGAAUACAAUGAAUUGCAAACAAGGCAGGCUGACCUUGAUCAUGAGAUACAAAAACAAAACGAUGCAAUUGCUACUAAACAAAGUGGACUGGAAGAGAUUAACAGACAGAUAAAUGAUUUGAAUAUAGCAUAUGAAGAAGAAAAAAAGACGAUGGAUCAAGAAGCUGAAACGUCGGCAGAAUACCUGACUACAACGACGGCUAAAUUAAAACACCUGAAAAUACAUGGAGCAAAAUCUCUAACUGAAACGCAACAGGAAUAUCAGCAGAUACAAAUUGAGUGCGAUCGAAUGGAACUAGAAUAUAAUUCAAAAAUUGAAUCGGCCAACAAGCUGUGUGCCGCGAUUGAAGAAAAUCAACUAAAAAUGAGACAACAGAUUAGUGAAUGUCUUGGAUCGUUUAAAGCAAUGACUGAAGCUGAACUUUAUCCUGCUUCGAAUAAUUAA